CGCCAGUCAGUACCGCGUGCGCACCGGUCCCCGCUGUUCGGCCCCCCGUGCUCGGCCCCCGCUCGGCCUACCGCCCCUGCCGCUCGCUUGCUCGGCCCCCGGCCCGAUACGCGCUGCGCGAGGCAGUCGAACUGACGAGUCGAGCCGGCCGAGUCGAGCCGAGACUGCUCUGCUGAGCCGAGCCGAGCCGGCACCGCCGACGACCGACCACGACCCGCCCCGGACGGACGGACAACACGGUUUGCCGUCAGUGUCAGUGUUGAUCCGGCAGCCUUCGCGUCCAGGCGCCGCAGCCGCAUGAAGUUGUGUGUUUUUAAAAUUUUAAUUUUUCGUUGACGACGACCCUCAGUGAUCCGCGUCCGCGCAGUGAUCGGAACCCCCAAAGAAGUGCGUGGGGUCGGACUGUUUGUUGCCACAACUUCAAGACUGACGUGUUUACCGCCGCGAGGCUCCUUGCGGGACUUCCCCCCGCGUCCUGUCAGUUACACAAAGCGGUGGAGGGCUAGCGGGUGGACAUGACGCACGCUCCCGCCAAGAAGCGGCCCGGGGCCUCGGAGGACGACGAUGGCGACUCCGACACGGACAGCACCAUCCCCCCGCCCGACGGCGGCUGGGGGUGGGUCGUGGUGUUCGCCUCCUUCAUGAUCCACAUCGUCACUGACGGAGUGACGUACUCGUUCGGCGUGGUGCAGAGGAAGCUGGUGGAACACUUCGAAGCCGGUGAGGGCGCCACCGCCCUCGUCUCAGCCCUCCUGUUCGGCAUCACCCUUUGCUCAGGACCCAUCGCAUCAGCCUUCGUCAACAAAUGGGGAUGUCGGCCCGUGACCAUCGCCGGCGCCAUCCUGUCCGGGUUGUGCCUCGCGCUCAGCUUCCUGGCCACCAACAUUGCCACGCUCUACCUGACCAUCGGCGUGGGCACGGGCUUCGGCUUCGGCCUCAUCUACCUGCCGGCCAUCGUCUCGGUGACGUGCUACUUCGAGAGGUACCGCUCGCUGGCCACCGGCAUCGCGGUGGCGGGCUCGGGCCUGGGCACCUUCAUCUUUGCGCCCUUCAUCACCUACCUGAUGAAGGUGUACGGCUCGUGGCAGGGCACGGUGCUGAUCCUGGCCGGCCUGGCCCUCAACACGGCCAUCAUGGGCGCGCUCAUGAGGCCGCUGGAGAAGCCCAAGCGGCCGCCGAGCACCGAGCUCAAGGAGCUGCCCAGCGAGAAGUCCGAGCUCAAGAUGCUGCUCAACGGCGACCUCUCCAAGGAGGAGCAGGCCAACCAGCUCAUGGUGCAGCAGCCGCAGACCGUGGUGCGCUCGGCGCACAACAUCCCCACGGCCGUCCAGGACGACCAGUCGGAACCCAGCACCAUGCCCCGCAACGUCAAGGUCCUCAGCCUCAACCUGAGCAGCACGCCGCACCCGAUACUGUCGUCUGGUCACCACAACCACCACCACCACAACAACCACCACAACAACUACCACCAGCACCACAACCACCAGCACUCGUGGCGGCACAAGGGCGACCGGGACAUCGCGCGCUGGGCGCUGUCGCAGCCCACGCUGCAGACCACCACGGGCUCCGUGCAGCACCUGGCCGGCUCUGGCGUCAUGUACCGCAAGGACAUCUUCUACCGCGGCUCGCUCGUCAACAUCCCUCACUACAGCCCCAGCGGCACCAGCCCCUCAACCUCCGAGGCGUCCACGGUGCGCGCGUCCUCGGUGCGCGAGCGCUCCGCGAGGGCGGACAGGGAGUUGCCCGCGCAGGGACCCUUCAGCGCGCCGCAGUCCCCGCGCUGGAUGCGGUCGCGGCCGCAGAGCGAGGCCGUCCUGGGCGCGGCCAACAUGGCCUUUGCCGAGGUGGACGCGUACCUUGCGGCGCGGCUCGCCGAGCGCGGCUGUGUGCCGGUAGACGAGGGGGACGGUCGUGACCCGUUGACGACAUCCGCUAGCAAGCUUUCUCGGCAUACGAGUGUGGAGGGUCUUGGCGGCGCCAAGGGAUCAUCUCUGGAAGUGGAGAGCCCCGACUCUGAUGUCCAGCUCACAGUGUGCGGCUGCAUCCCCUGUUCUCCUGAGACCAAAGACACCCUGGCAGAAAUGUUAGACAUGUCGCUUUUUAAAGACGUCAUUUUCCUCCUGUUUGCUGUAAGCAACUUCCUCACAUCAAUAGGUUUCUACAUGCCCUACUCGUACUUACAGGCAUAUGCUGAAUCAAUCCACAUUGAUACUGAGUGGGCUAGCGGACUAAUUUCAAUUGUUGGUAUUGCUAAUCUGGUUGGACGUCUUGUACUUGGUUACGCUGCUGAUAAACCUUGGGUCAACAGACUUCUUGUGUACAAUGUCUCACUCUCUGUAUCUGGUUUUGCCACAAUCUUGGUGGUAGUUUGCCAAGACUACUAUUCACUUGCUGUGUAUGCUGCAGUUUAUGGAUUCACUAUUGGUGCUUAUGUUGGUCUUACAUCAGUAAUUUUAGUCGACCUCCUUGGCCUUGACAAAUUGACAAAUGCGUUUGGGCUCUUGCUGCUGUUCCAAGGUGUUGCUUCAUUUAUGGGGCCACCUAUUGGAGGAUGGUUGUUUGACAUUACCCAGUCAUACAAGCCUAGCUUUUGGCUAGCUGGAGUUACACUAGCCCUGAGUGGGUUGAUGCUCUUCGUAGUACCUCCAAUUCAGAAACGAAAAGCGGCCAGGAGACGACAAAAUGGCAAAGUAGUGUCAUUACCAGCCUCAUCUAAUGGAAGUGCUCGACCUCAACCAGUUUGACAAGAAUCAACUAUGGCCUAUGGCUAGAUGAACUUUUUAUGAAAUUUUAUCAACUUCUAUUGUGAUUGACCUUAAUUUUUAAACAUGAAGUCUACUUUGGGCUAUGAUGAACAGUAUGACAAGUGAACCUUCAUAAACUUUUGUGACAUGAGAAUGACAGUAUCAAAUUUUUAAAAUUGAGGAUGCAACACAAUAUCUCUAACUUAUUACUAAUGACCACCGCGUCACAGGAUCAAACUGAAGAUUUCAGGGUGUGCUAAACAAUCUCUUAAGAGUGCGCCUGAAAGCACGGUGUGCUAUGUUCCUACCUCAUUCAUGGUAGAAUAUUGUGAUCCUUAGGUUUAUCAGGGUAAACAUUUCUACCACAAGCUGUAAGAAUUAGAUUAGAUUAGUACCAUUCAGUGGGUGCUCCUUAUAGAUAUGUAAGUCGAAAUGUGUGCCUGCCAUCAGUCAUGUUAUUACAGGCUGAGGGUGUUGUAGACAGAUACACCUCAAACUGUUUCAUUGAAAGGGCUAUCUAGUCACCUGUUUACGCGAGAUGACUCAUAGAUGCAUUUUAAUUUAUUUUAAAUGUUUUAUCUUCCUGGACAUAACUAUGUUUUAGAAAGCUUACCUUUCUCCAUGAGUGAUAUGUGAUGCAGCAUUUCUUCUGUUAAGUGCAAUAUGCGGUUUAGAUUGUGAAUUGUUGAAUGACUGUAAUUAACUAACGCUGAGGAAUAUUCUCUCUGUGAUAAGUAUACUACAUUCUUCUAUACUCUUUUGAUAUCUUUUUCUUAAUAAAUGUGUGUUUCACCUGUCUUAAAAUUUUA